GUUGCUCCCUUGCAGUUACGACUUACGCUAAAUCCUCCGAGACAGUCACAAUCUACCUAACUUCAAAGGCCAUUCAAAGUGAUUAGGACGUGACAACGUUUCAUACAGUCGAGUCCCACACACUAUAAACAAUGCCUAUCGCUACCUCCUUCGCGCUCAAGAAUACUUCCAUUCGUAUUCCCGCCCGCGGCCUAGGAACCUUCCAAGUUGAUCCCAGCCUGUACCCAGAAGGAUCCGUCAAAGAUUCUGUUCUCCAUGCGUUGAAGGUUGGAUACAGACACAUUGACGCGGCGCUGGCGUAUGGUUGGGGUUCGGUAGAAAGAGACAUAGGCGCUGCGAUCCGUGCGAGCGGUGUUCCGAGGGAGGAUGUGUUUGUGGUGACGAAGCUUCAUAAUUGCUUCCAUGCGCCCGAAGAUGUCGAGGUUGGGAUGAAUAUGAGCCUGAAGAAUUUGGGGCUCGCCUAUGUCGAUCUAUAUCUGAUGCACUUUCCAUAUGCGUAUACCAAAGGGGAAAAUUACUCCACUGUGAGAAAGCUGGACGGAAAACAGCCUGUUGUUGACAUCGAGCUCUCGAGAGCGUUUGACACCACCUGGAAAGCCAUGGAGAAUUUAGUAGACCAAGGCAAAGCAAAACUAAUAGGGGUAUCGAAUUUCUCAACCCCUAAGUUGAAGCGUCUCUUGAGCGUCUGCCGUAUCUUCCCAGUUGUGAACCAGGUUGAACUCAACCCGUAUUUCCCGCAGAAGACACUCCUGCGAUUUUGUCACGAGCACGAAAUCCAUGUUACUGCAUACGGACCUCUGGGCUGCACACCAGUCCCAUACUUAAUUGGAAGAAAAACCCCUGGUCCACUUGAAGACUGCACUGUAAGUGACCAAAUCUUACCUGGGCUAUCUCUUCCGGCAAUAAACCCUCCAUUUAAUCAUUCGACGCAGGUUAAGGCAAUGGCGGAAAGGUAUUCUCGGACUCCAGCGCAAAUUAUACUGGCUCAUUUGAUCAUGUUGGGUGUAUCUGUGAUACCGAAAAGUAAUAAUUUGUCAAGAAUCUCAGAAAACUUUGACUGCUUGGUGGAGCUGAGUCCCGAAGACCAUGCUGCGCUUGGUCAGCUCAUGGGUUCAAACGGAGAGAAAGCCGUACGGAAUCUGGAGACAAAAGAGUAUCUCGGCUUCGAUAACUUCAAUGAGGAGUUCGAAGAGCCCUGA